AUGGCUGCUGCAGUAGACGCUUCCAACACGGACCUCAGCAAGCAAUAUGAGACUCCCAUGGGUCUGGCUCACUCGACCAUGCAGGCUCUCAAGGACAGGAUCAAGCUUCAUUAUGACCUCGCGAGUGACUACUACCUGAGUCUCUGGGGUGAGCACAUCCACCACGGCUACUGGGAAGAUGGCUCCGAGACCAAGGAGCAGGCCCAGGUCAAGCUCAUCCAGCUCCUCCUUCAACUCUCCGGCGUCGGGGAGAAUAGCAAAGUCCUCGAUGUCGGCUGCGGUAUCGGCGGUACCUCCCGCUACCUCGCCUCGACCCUGGGCUGUUCCGUGACCGGCAUCACCAUCUCAACCAAGCAAGUCGAGAUCGCCAACAGGCUCACAAAGGCCGAGGCGGAAAAGGCGUCCGAGAAGGAGGUCGCGGCGGACGGCGACGGCUACAUCCAGCUCGGGCGCGGCAGGGUCCGCUUCAUCGAGCUCGACGCCGAAAAGAUGGGAGACUUUUUCGCGGGACAGAGCGCUUCCUUUGACGCCGUGUGGAUCAGCGAGGCGCUGAGCCAUUUCCCCAACAAGGCCCUCUUUUUUGAGAAUGCGUUCAAAGUCCUCAAGCCGGGUGGGAAACUGGCGCUGGCGGAUUGGUUCAAGGCUGAGAAUGUCAGCGAGACGGAGUUUGCCAAUGACCUAAAGCCGAUCGAGGAUGGCAUGCUUCUUCCGCCGCUUUGUACUCAGCAGGGCUACGUCGACCUGGCCAAAAGCGGUGGGCUUUCCUUGCUCGCGGGCCCCAAGGAUAUUAGCAAGCAAGUUAGCAGGACUUGGGAUAUAACAUGGUCUCUCGUCCAAAACCCUUCUCUGUGGGCUUUUGCCUUUAGCCAGGGCCGGGAUGGCAUUGCCUUCUUGCAGUCUUUCCGUGCCAUGAGGCGUGGAUAUGCCAAUGGGACAUUCCGCUAUGCCGUCAUAUCUUUCGAGAAGCCGAGCGAGAAAUCAUAG